GGCGGAAGGUAACGCCAGUGUGUCCGAAGGUGAGCGGCAGUAGGAGAAGACAACGACGCACCAACAACGUAGUGUCGAACAGCUGUCAGAAAUGAUUUUUAUACACCUUGUACACUAAUAUGAUCCAAGGUUGAUAUAAUAUCCACCAUGGGGAGCUUAGGAGUAUGUUGUGCCAACCUCAAGGACAACAAAGCCCUGAUGAAGAUGGGGCUGGGGCUGGUGCUAGUGGGCCAUGUCAACUUUCUUCUUGGCGCACUGGUGCACGGCGCUGUGCUCAGGCACAUCAACGUGCACCAUCGGGCCCGGACCAUGGUGUACGCCAUCUCUAAUGUCAUUGCUAUUGUGGCAGGCCUGGUGGGAAUAAUAAGUGGAAUAACUGCCAUUGUCCUGUCCAAAAACAAGAGGAACAGGAUCCUGAAGUGGGUCCUGCUGGUCUUCAGCUUCCUGGCAGGUCUCUUGUCAAUUGCCUCCUCCCUGGGCUUGUCAGUUUCAAUGGUGGAAGCCAUCAUUAAUAAAGGACAGGGCCUACUAACACACUGCACGGUUUCUGAUAAUAUCGACAUCGCCUCAUCCAGCAUCACAUACGAGUGCCCCUUCGACCCAACCCGUAUCUAUGGAACCACAAUCAUUCUGUGGGUGCUUCUCAUCUCGAUGUCCGUGCUGGAAAUGGUGUUCUCCUUGCGCUGCUUUGCUGCCUGUACCUCAUUCCUCUACCUCUGUCCGUGCAGGAAGAGGCCGACCCGGGGCAGACUGGUGCGUAGUCUCGGACCUGUUGAAACUGCGUCGUCGCCGCCGCCUACAGAACGGGAUCCAGAGAGCGAUGCUGGAACCGAGCCUGCAGAGCAGGAUGAACUGCUGGAGGACACUGCAGUGGAGCAGAGUGCUUGGCUCUGAACCAGCUAAACCUACCGAGAUAGGUUGCAAACCGCUUGUCUUAACUGGAUAGAAUGAAACAUCUGUAAAGUUUUUAAUAGAGUGUGUCUGUUACACAUUAAAUGUCUGAAGAAAACGUUUGUGGGACUUAAGUAAGCAAUGGCAUUAUAUUUCCCUGAUAAAUACUGCCAUUGGUUUUGUUUUAAAUUGUCAGAUUUUGUAAGUGUGUACUGGGUAUUGUCUUGAAAAUAAAAAACAGAGCACU